AUGGAGCUUGUUCCGUUUCUGAUUCUUCUCUUGUGGAUGCUGGAAGAUUUGUGGCUGAACCAUAUCUGUUCCCAAGAUGGCGCCUGUUGCCAUUUGGCCGUGCGAUUGAGUCCAGGCGCUGCUCACGGGCGUGGCGGCGCGCGAAGUCGGCCUCGCCGGGCGGGAAACGAGCCCCAGCCAAGCUGUGGUGCCCUGCCGUUAAUAUUGAGGAUGUGGCAUCCUAUUCCGGACAAUCAUGCGGUCCAGAAUCUGGAGCUUCCAAUAAAUAACAAUUCGGGAACUGGGAACUGGGAACUGAGCGCAUCGAUAGUUACAUUUCAGCAGGGUCGUCCUGUCACCGCUCAAACGAACCGUCACCGCUCAAUCCCAACCGUCGUGACCAUCUCCGAGUUACCAAACCUGGUAGUGCCGGACCCGGUCCUUGAUCCUGAUCCUGAUCCUGAUCCUCGUCCGAUUAUGAUGCCAUGAAGCGAUGGGCUUGGUCUGCGAGAGUUGGGCAUCAGAGAGGGGGGCAGCGAAGGACAUGUCGAUUGGCCAUAUGGUGACUUUGAAUGCCA